CGAGUUUGUCUCCGCCUGCAGACUGCAUCUCAUCACCAACACCUCCAAAAUGCCUCACAAACACAAGAGACGUCAAAAUGACUCGAAUAUCUACGACCUCCCCCCGUCGAUGAUCGCAAAGCCUCUUCCAACCCGCGACCCCCAAGCCAAAUCCAAGAAGAAAGGCAAAGAUGCGAAGAAGAACCCCCCUCCGACCCAGCAGUCCGACUACUCGCGCAAAUCCGCCGGGGAAGAUGACACCCCCAAGGCCUUCCUGCGAUUGAUGCAGCGCCAGAAUGGCGGCGCCCAAACGUCGUCGAAAUCGUUGAAAUCGUCGAAACCGGAGACUGGCGAAAGCAAGAAACGGAAGCGAGGAAAGACGGAAGACGCCAAACCUGCGCAGAAGAAGUCGGCCGCUGUGAAGACGACGGCAGAGGAGCCGCAGACCCAGAGCGAGUCCCGACCGGCCCCGAAGAUCCUGCCCGGGGAGAGAUUGUCGGAUUUCGCGGCCCGUGUGGAUCGGGAAUUACCGAUCUCUGCGAUGCAAAAGUCCAGCAAACCGGCUGCGUCGAACAUCCCGGGACUGAAGGAGGAACACCGGUUGACCAAACACGAAAAGCAUCUGCUGCGGCUUCAAAAGCAGUGGCGCGAGGACGACGUGGCGAUCAAAGAGCGCGAGGCCGCCGAGCGGGAGGAGCGGCAAGAGGAAAUGGAAGACCAACUACGGCUGUGGAAUGAAUGGGAUCUCGAGGCUGGAAAGGGCAGGGCUAAGAAGAAGGGCGGUUCUGCCAAGAGGAAGAAGACCGGUGACGGCGACGCUGCUGCUGAUGAUCCGGACCCCUGGGCAAAGCUGGCCAAGCGCGAGCGCAUGAAGAAGGCGAAUCCCUUCGAGGUUGCUGAGGCUCCGCCGACAUUAACGAAACCGAAGGCGCUUUUCAAGGUUCGAGGCGGUGCCAAAAUUGAUGUCGCGAACGUCCCGACUGCUGCAGGAAGUUUAAGAACGAGAGAAGAGCUUGCAGGCGAGAGAAGAAGCAUCGUGGAGCAAUACCGGAAGUUGAUGGCGGAGAAGCGGCAAUGAUUGAUCAACUAGGAGCAGCAGAGCUUGCAUGACUAAUUCUAUACUCCUUUUGACGCGCUUAAAGAAAUAGGGUAUACAGUUGGCGCGGUUUAAGAAUCAAUUAAGACGCGCUACCUUAUCCGGUGUACUGGCG